AUGCAAUAUUUGGAUCCACGUGAAGAACUUCGGAUAGUGUUGCUUGGAAAGACAGGAAAUGGGAAGAGUGCAUCGGCAAACACCAUCCUGAACCGAAAGGCCUUCACAUCAGUCCUCUCUCCAGGCUCUGUGACGUCAGAGUGUGAAAAGGCCAGAGGAACUGUGGAGGGACGUAGAGUGGCAGUCAUUGACACGCCAGGAAUUUAUGACACAAAGUACAAAGAAGAUGAAGUGAUUAGAAAGCUGAAAGAAUGCAUCUCUCUUUCCGCUCCUGGUCCCCACGUGUUCCUGAUUGUGAUCAAGUUGGACAGAUUCACAGAGGAAGAACAGAAAACUGUUGAACUCUUGCAGCUGGUCUUUGGGGGAAAAGCUGCAGAUUACUCCUUGGUUCUGUUCACUCAUGGUGACAAGCUUAGAGGCACAAGAAUCGAAGAUUUCUUUGGAAAGAGCCACCAGCUCAGCCAUUUGAUUACAAAAUGUAACUACCGGUAUCACGUCUUCAAUAACACAGUUUUUGAUAGCAGUCAGGUACCUCAGCUGCUUGAAAAGAUAAUAAAUAUGGUCUGUGAUAACGGAGGAACAUUUUACACAAAUGAAAUGUUCCAGGAGGCCGAGAGAGCGAUCCAAGAACGAGCAGAGAAGAUUAUGAAGGCUAGCGCUGAGCAAAAACACAGAGAAGAGGAAAAACUGAGGGCUAUGUUUAAAGGAGAACAGCUGCAGGCAGAGCUAAAGGAUCUCCAAGACGAGUAUACAAGAAAAUCAAGAGAAAAGGCAGAGAAGAAAAACAAAUUCAUUGAAACUGGUUUGAUCGUAACCACAGCUGAAGUGGGUAUUACAAUCGGGGCUGCUGCUGGUACUGUGGGAGGUCCACUUUGCAUUGGCUUGGGGGCGGUGAUGGGCAGAGCUGUUGGGGCUAUAGUGGGAGUCUUGGUACCAGCAGCAGCAAAAGCUCUGAAAAAGAACUGCUCUGUACAAUAAAACGUACUGCAUUUACCUGGUCAGCACUGACUGAGGGGGGCGUUACAGCCUCCUGUUACGUAUCUUUAAAAAUCUCAUAUUUUAU